AUGACUCUGCCAAAGCUGACCAGCACAAGCGACCAUGAACCGGAAUCUGGGCGUCGUCAAGGUCAAGCUGCGGUGUACGGUGGCGCCACGCAGUAUCGGAGCCAAGCUCACAAGUUGGCCACGCUCGUCAUGAUGACCACGGGCAGCGCCAACGCCGCCAUGUUUCCCAUGAUGUUCAUCUUUUACGGAGGAGUGCCAUUCCUGCUGGCGUACCUGGUCCUGCUGAUGACCGUGGCGAUGCCCAUGAUGCAACUGGAGAGCAACCUGGCCCAGUUUGCUGGGGACGGCAACUGUGGCAUCUUCAGCACGGUUCCGCUGUUCCUUGGCACGGGCUACGCUCUGACGCUAUACGUGAUUCUGCACGUGGUCGCCGACUCGCUUCCCCUGUCCGACGUGCUGCUGCAGAUCGCUGGAGUCGGUGGCUCCUCCGUUCCGUGGCCAGGCUCCUGUCCGGGUGGCUUGACGGCCAAUAACCGCACCUGUUACGCCAUCAAACACGGAUCUGUCCCGUGCCGAUCGUUGCGCAGUCGAUUCGUGGACUCUUUCCGGCGGCUGUCGCUCGGAGAAGGCGUGCCUCUUCUGCACGGCGACCAGGUGGCGCUGGUGCCGUCCAAGUCGUACCAGCAAGAGGCCGCCGAAUGCAUGCCCGAUCUGUACACACCGUUGCCGCCGUAUGACUUUCGACGUCAGCAAGCACUUGUGGAACACACGUUCGACAACAUACGGGUGCAGCCUCUGCUGUCGAUGGCCGCCAUCUGGGUGUUGGUGUUCACCCUCGCCCACGUUGGAUUCAUCCGGCUCAAGAAUUUCUUUUACGUGGUGCUGGGCCUGCACAUUGCAACCGCCGUCGCGCUGCUGCUAAGGGCGCUGUCCAUGGAAGGAGCCGCAAGGGGACUCCAGGCCUUUGCCUACGCAGACUGGAGCCACGUGCUAAGCGCGGAGAUGUGGUGUCAAGCUCUGUACACCUGCUUGGAAAGCGUGGGUGUCACGGGAACUGUUUACCUGGCCGUCCAGAGGCUCAACGCCUUCAAGAACAACUUCCACGAAGACGUGCUGUACGUGCUCGUGGCUGACACCGCUUGCAAGGGUAUCGGCACCUUCACUGCUUUCCUGUACCUCGGCUACUUGUCCGCCAGGAUGGGUGUCGAUGUCCCGUUGCUCAUUGAAUAUGGUGCGUAG